CCUUACCACUAUCAAUCAUCACAUCACAUCACUGACCACAACCACAACUUACGCCUUGCCGUCAUUUUGCAGCUACUUGUGAAUUCUCUUUCUCUUCCAUCUUUCCCUCCAUCCUCAGUCCUCGAUUCUCUAUCCUAUUCUCUAUCCUAUCCUCUACCAUCCCCUCUCUUAAUAGCUAGCGGAUGUUUCCGACCAACUUCCCCCCAACUCAUGCACGGCUUCUUAAUUGACGAAAAAUAUCCACCUAGUACAUUCCUUCAUCCCACCGACCGCAAAGUCGUUGGGAGCCAGUGCACUGUCGGCCUAAGCACUCGCAUUUUCUACAACUACAUACUCCGUCAUUACAUACACUGACCAAUAUACCACACACCCCGCCGCUUUCGAUCUGUCCCUUCGACCACUUUUUUUUCUCCCUGUCUCUUACAUACGUCCUAGCCUACGUAUCCACCUUCAAUAGCCGCCACAACGUAUCCUGGAGCGGUUCCCGAUCUAUCGUCAUCUCAAGUCGCGUACCAACCCUUUGUCGCCGGACUCCAGCUGGUCGCGGCCGCGAUACACUAAUACAACUAUCCACCACACACACGCACACAAACGCACACACACACAUACACACAUACAUACAUACACACACAUAUAACACAUACCCAACACACUCUACCCAUACUAAUAGACGGGCCGGAGCUUAGGUAGCUUCAUCCCGAUACUCAUCACAAACAACAUGGUGGAAGGAGACUCGAACUCCCCCACCUGGAAGUUCACCCAGUGUUUUGGUGACAAGGGAGACGUUGAGGAUAUUACAGAAGCCGACAUCAUAUCGACCGUCGAGUUUGACCAUACAGGCAAUUAUCUAGCAACAGGAGACAAAGGCGGUCGGGUGGUUUUAUUCGAGAGGAACGAGACGAAGAAAACCUGCGAGUACAAGUUCCAUACAGAAUUCCAGUCACACGAGCCAGAAUUUGACUACCUCAAAUCCCUCGAGAUAGAAGAAAAGAUCAAUAAGAUCAAAUGGUGCCGUCGCCAAAACGCCUCUCACUACCUGCUCUCCACCAACGACAAAACGAUCAAGCUGUGGAAGGUCUUUGAGAAGUCGCUGAAAGUGGUAGCUGAGAACAACCUAUCGCAUGAUCUAACGCCGGGGAGCGUCGCUGGCGUAGGAGGAGGCGCCCCUAGAUCUAUUCCUCAGUCCCACUUCAAGAAUGCCGGGGAGUUGAAACUCCCACGACUGACCCACCACGAUACCGUCGUUGCUGCCGUUCCCCGACGCACGUACGCGAACGCCCAUGCCUACCACAUCAACAGCAUCUCUGUAAACAGCGAUGGCGAGACCUUCAUUAGCAGUGAUGAUCUGCGCAUUAAUCUCUGGAAUCUGAAUAUCCAGGAUCAAAGUUUCAAUAUUGUUGAUAUCAAGCCCGCAAAUAUGGAGGAGUUGACCGAGGUCAUUACUGCUGCCGAGUUCCACCCCAUUAGUUGCAACUGGUUCAUGUACGCAAGUUCAAAAGGCACUAUCAAGCUGGCGGAUAUGCGCGAGAGUGCCCUCUGUGAUCAACAUGCAAAGCUCUUCGAACAGGAAGAAGAUCCUUCGUCGAGGUCGUUCUUCUCCGAAAUUAUUUCUUCUAUUUCAGAUGUGCGGUUCUCCUACGACGGCCGAUACAUUUUAUCCCGAGACUACCUCACAGUCAAGAUUUGGGAUGUCAAUAUGGAGCGCCAACCAGUCAAGACCAUACCGAUCCACGAGCAUCUACGACCUCGGCUCUGUGAUACAUAUGAGAACGAUAGCAUCUUCGACAAAUUCGAAGUGGUUUUCUCGGGCGAUGCGAAAAAUGUCAUGACCGGAAGUUAUAACAACAACUUUAUGAUUUAUCCGUCGGAUCCCGAGAAGGAAAUCGAGGUUGUCUUACAGGCGGACAAAUCUGCCUUCAAGGCGAAGAAGGUAGGAAUUCCGACACCUAUCAACUCGUCGACAAGCCCCACAGCGACCAACGGCGGUAAGAAAGGCGGAUCGCGUGCGGGUAGCCCGGCAGCUGGAGCUGGUCAAGGCCAAAGAAUGCGAAAAGAGACGGACGCGGAUCAGAUCGACUUUAACAAGAAGAUCCUACACAUGAGCUGGCACCCUUUCGAGGACAGCAUCGCGAUUGCUGCGACGAAUAACUUAUUCGUCUUCUCGGCUCUCUAGGUACAUAAUGGAGGUAACGGCCGGACAUUUCGCAGCAGGAUUCAAACCUGAUCUGCGAAAGCACUUCCCGGCUCGGAUUUGGGCAGAGACGUGCGUCAUCAUUGCCAAUGGUCUCCCUGAUACUUGCGCGGUCCUUUGAAACGUAGAGUAUUGCUCGUGGCAUUUGUGAUGAUAACAUCUGGCACACUCUACAGAAGCGGGCGCCUUUGCAAACGAGAGAGAGAAGGGACGGGUGAGAAAAUGUUGGGUUUAUGGCACAAAAGCUGCAUAUAGGAGGUUGGCAUUAUCCCGAGUCCUGGUAUCCUAGGCACUCGGGUUCGUAUCAAGACACGCGGGUAGGAGUUGAAGCAUGGAUUCGGCAAUGAAAUCUCCACAAGGAGUCGGUUGCUUCUCAAGUCAGCAGACAUGGAGCCGAUAUUAUGGCAUAGACUCUACAAGGCAGAUUAAAGGCCCUAAGACGGGACUCAAGACAAAUGAGAUCUGAAGCUUAGAUGAUGAACUGUGCUAAAGCACCCCGUAAACGUGCAUGCAGGUAUUCUAUCUUUCAUAAUAUGUAACAUAUAGAAUAACCAACUUAAGAAAGGUUGUUUAAAGUAACCCACUGUAGAUAGUGGGUCGAGAUAUCGAGGCGAUAUUUCUUUCUACACAUUUUAACUUGAAAACUGC